AUGUCUGCCUGCAUGGACGCCGUUUCAGAUUGGAUGCGUUCCAACCGGCUCCAGCUUAAUGCAUCGAAAACUGAAUUUAUUUGGUUCGCGACCGCUCGGCGCCAACAUCAGCUUCCAACCAACCUUGUGCGCGUGGGCGACGAGUUCGUCGCACCUUCAUCCUCUGUGCGCAGCCUCGGCAUUCAGCUGGACUCAGAACUAUCUAUGAACAACCACAUUGCCAAAGUAACCGCUGCUUGUUUUGGCAUCCUGCGACGAAUUCGUAGCGUCAACCGCUGUCACUCUAGGCCGGUCCUCGAGGCCCUCAUGGUGGCGCUUGUGCUGCCCAGACUGGACUAUGGCAAAGCCACACUCUACGGACUUCCCAUCACGGCACUUAACAAACUGCAAUUCAUAAUGAACGCUGCCGCGCGACUCAUUUAUGCCCGGCGGAAAUUCUACCACGUGACACCGAUUUUGCGCGACCUUAACUGGCUGCGUAUCCAGCGGCGCACGCAGUUUAAAGUCGCUGUUCUGAUGUUUCGCUGCCUCCAUGGUUUAGCACCAUCUUAUCUCGCUGAAGGACUACGGCCCGUGUUGGAUCUGCCUUCUAGAAGGCGACUGCGUUCUUCGUCGUUCCUAUAA